GGGAAGAAGAUUUUGCAAAGGUCAUAUUCGGUAGAGGACGGCGGAAGUGUUGGGGAAGAAGUAGAGCGGGGAAGAAGAUUUUUGUUAAGAAAAUUGUUGUUCUUCUUUUUCUCUUCUUUUUGUUAAGAAUUUUUUUUUCAUAAAUAAUCUGAUGUGUCAGCUGACGUGGCUGUCACAUAUGUGCCACGUAACCAACGAUCAACAUUUCACUAAUGACCGUUAGGUCAACCGUCCGUCAGAACAUAAAUGACACACAACUAUUAUACGUCAGGACACAAAUGUCAUAUUGAAUAGUUCGGGACAUAAAUGACACAUUCUUGAUAGUUUGGGUUUUCCUAGUGGUAUUAGCCCUAAUUGUUUUGUAUAUAAGUCCUCAAAAUAUCAUUAAGAAAUUAUAUUUUAGUAACUAAAAUUUUUGUGUAUUACAUGGGGAUUGACUCAAUGGUCAUGCAACCAAUCUCCCUCCUACACCGAUCCAUUAGCGCAAUGUCACUUCAGCUAGCUUCACGAUGCAGGAAUAUAACCUAUCUCGUCUAAAUGGGUUCUACCCAUCCGCAUACUAGGCGUUAAGUCGAUGGGCACGCACUCGACGCUAGCAUUGUCUAGGUGAACACCUAAUAGCAGGGGUACGAUCGCCUCGUACACCAUACUAGACUCCUAGAUCAACCAUUCAAACAAAUCAUGCUAAGACUACUCAAUCCACACCUAUCCUAGAUCAAACCCUAACUAGACAAUCAUAGAUAACCCAUGGAGAGACAAAUAGAAAGCAUAAUAAUCAUAGAUCGAGCAUAAAAACUCUAGCAAAACACAAUUAAUUGAUAAAUCACAUGAAAGAGGAUAAUAAAUCUCCUACCACCUAAGUUGUAACUAGGGCGAAUGGGAUACAGACAGUCUCACACUACUUGAUGUAACAAAAAUCAGCAAAUAGACAUAGAUAAAUAGGUUCAUAAGCAUCCACAAAUUAAGUCAAAAUAUCAAAUUACAUAUCAAAUCCUAGGUUAGGGUUUGGGACCUAGGGUUUGGGGGGACUAAGCCCCAAAAUACCUUGAGGAACUACCUCGUGAAGGCGGAAAAAAGGGACAUGAAUAGAGGGGAAGAAAUAAAAAAGAAGGGUAUUCUUCUGCUGGAAAAUCCUCAUCCAAAGCUCUCCUUCACUUCUUCUUCUCCAACUUUCUACUUCUCGCUCUAACCUCACUCUAGAAUAAAAAAUCUGUCAAAAGUCACUUAUGAUUUAUGAAUUUGGGGGGGGGGGGGGGGGGGAUACCCCUAUUUUUAUUAUUGUCUCGAAAGUGGAAGGCUGCAAGUCAACUGUCGAAACCUUCUAUCUUCCUUGGUUGCCGCUUCUCCAAGUUCAUGGUUGAAUUCUCCAAGAUCGAGAGCGUGAUCUUUCUAAAGAGGUCGCAAUCUUUAAUUGAAGUAUGUGGGCUCCACUUCUCGGUCAUAAUUUUUGACCCUUCUGCCGUGAUCUUCCAAUUUGGCUCCAAAUUCUACAUUGGUUACCCUUUUUUAUGUCUGAAACGCAAGUAUUGCGGAAUCCAUCCUAAAAUAACAUGAAAUGCUCUGAGGAACGAAUUUAGGAUGCAAAUGAUAAUAUAUUGACAAUAAUGACCAACAAACUGUGAAUAACUAGAUCAAAUACCGAGAAUAAAAAAUAAAAAGUAAAAAAAGGCUCCGAGUUUUGCGGAGCAAUAGGAAAAGCGAUCUACGUUCUGAGCUAGGGUUAGUAACUUCAAUGGUGGCGACACCGCCGAUCGGGGCGCCGGACCUGACGGAAAAGCCACCGGAUACUACAAGUGGAGUCCGACGUCACCUGGAAGUCUCCUCUUCCCCGAAUACAAAAAGUGAAAAAGAGGCGGUCCAGCCAAAAAAGAAAGUCAGUGCCCUAAACCUCGACCAGCCAGAAGGGUUCGUUGAAGAUAUCACAGCUAAGGAGAUGGAAGCAGAAGCAAGUCCGCCAAUAGAGAUGAAACGGUGCUCCCAAGUCGGGGAUCCCAGCGUGGCAAGAUGGCACAAGGAAACGUUUCAGUGAUGUUGUUCAACAUGAUACUUGGUACAUAGCUGAGUCCGACACAAAAGAUGUGGUGCAGGCGGACAGGGAAGAAGAUGACCUUCUUGAUGAGAUGGAUAACGACCCCCUAUGCCCAACUAUCCCAUUUACGGCAGCGGAGAAGAUAAGGUGGAGAAGAGAAUGGCGCUCGGCAUUGGUGGUGAAAGGCCUGGGAAGGAAGGUUGCGUACCUGGCUUUAUCUCGUCGACUAAACUUCCUAUGGGCCAAGCAUGUUGAUAUUCAGAUAUCGGACAUAAAGAACAACUACUAACUUGUUCGAUUUAGGAGAACGGAGGAUUAUGAGAUAGCCACAAAUGGUGGGUCGUGAAUGAUGGGAGAGACCUACUUGACAGUGAUGCGAUGGUUUAAGGGUUUUAACCCAUGGAAGACUGAAGUGACGUCAACGCUAGUAUGGGUACAGCUUCCAGAGCUACCGAUAGAGUUCAUCAAUAAGGAAGCAGCUAUGAAGAUCGGUAAGCUGAUCGAAAAACCAAUACGGGUUGAGAGAGCUACAGAGGAGGGCGCAAGGGGCAAUUUUGCCCGAGUAUGUGUGGAGGUGAACCUCAUGCGGCCGUUGCUAUCGAAAUACAAGAUUGAAGGCGUUGAGUACCUCAUCCAGUAUGAGGGAAUUGAUAACAUAUGCACAGACUGUGGGAAAUAUGCCAAUGUAAGACUCCUACAGAGAUAGUAGUGGAGUCGGUUGAGAUGGUGCCGGAAACUCAAGUUGUUGAGCCAGAGAAGGGACCUGUCUAUGGAGAUUGGAUGAUGGUGAAGCGAAGGGACCGGCGGAUGCACAAACGAGGUAAUAGUUUUGGUAUGAGGGCAGAAUUUAAACAACAAGUGGGUAAUACGGGAGAAGAACAUAACCGCUUUGAGGUGCUGGGAGAUGACAAGCAAGUGGACAGGUUCUAUGACGUCGAACAAAGCCUGAACAGGACCACCAACCAAUGCCAUGAAGAGGUAGUGUGUAAUCAAGAUGCGCAAAGGACAAAUAAGGCUGAAACUUUGCAAACGAGCCAUGCAAAACCGAUUAAUAAUAAAGAAGCACAGAAAGCGGAUACAUCCAGGGGAGAAGAACAAAGAACAGUGGGUCAG